ACAAUUUGUCUCCCUUCUCCCUUUGAUUCGUUAUGACCAUAUUUUACUUCAUCCCGUUCGGCCUCGUCUACGUCAUAGCUGCAGUGGUCGGCUCUGACCAUUUCCGUGGACUUGACCCCCUGAACGGCAGUCCGAACGAUGAAUACUAUCCCCAGCAGAAGGCUUACCUGGAGGCCAUAUCUGUACCAAAGGCUUGGGACAUCCUGGACUCUACUUCCAAGAGGACACCUGUAACCAUCGCCGUUAUCGACGAUGGUGUCCAAGCCGAUCAUCCCGACUUGCAAGGGACUGUCAUAAAGGGCUAUAACGUUAUUGAUAAGAAUACUGAUACCCAUCCUCGAGGACCGCAUGGAACUAUGAUGGCUGGGAUUGCUGGUGCUAUUAGGAACAACAAGAUUGGUAUCGCGGGUAUCGCUGACCAUCUCCGCAUCCUACCUAUCUAUAUAGGCGUUAAGCCGGCUCUCGAUCCUGGUGUGGCUGCGUUUGAAUAUCUUAUCGCGAAGAGGUCGGAUGUGCGAGUGAUUCUGUUCUCGCUGGGAUUCAAAAUCAACUAUCCCCCCCUAUUGCAUAAGAUUCUGGAAGCCGUGUCCGCUGGCAUGCUAGUUGUUGUACCUGCAGGAAAUGCUCACCUAGAUUUGGACACGGCAGAAUACUAUCCUUGUUCGCUCAACGAACCCUAUAUGGACGGCGUUAUCUGUGCGGCUGCGACAAAUGGUACAAAAAUGCAGCUGGACGACGAAAGCAAUUUUGGUUCACCUGUUGACAUCGCCGCACCUGGUUACCGAUUACUAACAACUGCUCCCAAUGGGGAGUAUGUUAAGAUUACAGGUACCUCAGGAGCUGCGGCCAUCAUAGCAGGUGUAGCUGGAAUGCUCUAUAGUCUUGAAGCUUCUCAGCAUACUAAACUGACCCCAGGUUAUAUACGUAGUAUCAUCAAGAAAACGGCCACGGCAGGCGUGAUGGAUAACAAAAGGAAGAAGUUUCUUACUUUCGGCCGCGUGAAUGCUGAGGCGGCUGUGCGGGAAAUACUUAAAAAGUAGAUGAUUGCUCCCAUCAAGGUCCUGUCCCAGUGAUGACCGAAUCAUCUCCAGAUAUGUCAAAUCAUUUCAGAUAGUUAUGGGCUUUUUUCAUACUAGUAUUUAUUUUUGAUUCGCAUAUGGAUUAUUAUAGAGUAUGUAAUUUGAUAUCACAAGUGGCGGUGAAGUCGGAUCAGCUUAGCUGACGACUCACUUCCAAUUCCGUUCUCGAUCUAUCAACUCACCUUCGCCCCCUACUUUUCGCGAGAACCCAC